AUGGAUUCCAUGUCAGAAAACCAAGUAUGGACUUUGGUUGAUUUACCUGAUGGUGUUAAAGCCAUUGAGUGUAAAUGGGUUUUCAAGAAGAAAAUCGACAUGGAUGGUAAUAUUCAGAUCUAUAAAGCUAGAUUGGUGGCAAAAGGUUAUAAACAAAUUCAUGGUGUAGACUAUGAUGAAACCUAUUCCCCAGUUGCAAUGCUUAAGUCCAUUCGGAUUCUCCUAGCGACUGCCGCUUAUUAUGAUUAUGAGAUAUGGCAGAUGGACGUGAAAACAGCUUUCCUUAAUGGAAAACUCGAAGAGGAUGUAUACAUGAUACAACCUGAAGGUUUCACAAGUCCUGAAAAUGCUGGGAAAGUAUGCAAACUUCAACGUGCCAUAUAUGGGUUGAAGCAAGCAUCUCGGAGUUGGAAUCUUCGUUUUGAUGAAGCGAUCAAAGAGUUUGAUUUCAUUAGAAACGAAGAAGAACCGUGCGUUUACAAGAAGACUAGUGGGAGCACAGUUGCAUUUUUGGUAUUGUAUGUAGAUGACAUACUGAUAGUCUAA